GCGAACGAAAGCUUUUUAAUUAGUAAUAAAACGCAAUAAAACGCAGCAAACCCAGCCCGAACCCGCGUCCGAACUAUCAGCGCGUUUGUGGGGAAAUCCGAGGAAGUCGCGCAGAAAACCGCAGCGGCCAGUCUCCUUCUCGGCCCGGCUUGGGGCAGGAGCUGCAGCGCUGUGCGGGGCAGGGCGGGGGGACAGUCACCUCGCCUCCAGGGCUACCUGGGUCCUUUUAAAGUGUCCAGGGUGCGGGCCCCGGGCAGGAGCGACGAGCACGGAAUGUUUUCUUAAAGGGCCAGUUCCGAGCUGUACUGAAAGGGGGGGGGAGGGGGAGAGAGAGAGAAGUGAGGUGAAGACCGAGAAGGCAUCGGAGAGCCCCCCAAUCCCGCGCCGAGGCGGCGGCGGCGGCGGCGCGACGAAGAGGAUGAUGAACACAUUGCAAAGUUUUUUUGGCCCCGGCGAGGGGUGUCAGAUUGAGUGCUCUGUGCGCAUGUGCGAAGGUGUCCAAACUGACAAUGCUAGGGAGAUGAAGAUAGUGUGUAGCUGCUUCUGGGCUCAAGGAGGAGGAGAGAGAUUCCGCGAGCCGACACCAUGCGAUCCAAGGCGAGGGCGAGGAAGCUAGCCAAAAGUGACGGUGACAUUGUAAAUAAUAUGUAUGAACCCGACCCGGACCUGCUGGCCGGCCAGAGUGCCGAGGAGGAGACCGAGGAUAGCAUCUUGUCGCCCAUCCCUAUGGGGCCGCCAUCCCCCUUCCCCACCAGCGAGGACUUCACUCCCAAGGAGGGCUCGCCCUAUGAGGCUCCUGUCUACAUUCCUGAAGACAUUCCAAUCCCACCAGACUUCGAGUUGCGAGAGUCCUCCAUCCCAGGAGCCGGUCUGGGGAUCUGGGCCAAGCGGAAGAUGGAAAUCGGGGAGAGGCUUGGCCCCUAUGUGGUGGCGCCCCGGGCCGCACUGAAGGAGGCCGACUUCGGAUGGGAGCAGAUGCUGACGGAUACAGAGGUGUCAUCCCAGGAGAGCUGCAUCAAAAAGCAGGUCUCUGAAGACUUGGGCAGCGAGAAGUUCUGCGUGGAUGCCAAUCAGGCUGGGGCUGGCAGCUGGCUCAAGUACAUCCGUGUAGCGUGUUCCUGUGAUGACCAAAACCUCACCAUGUGUCAGAUCAACGAACAGAUUUACUAUAAAGUCAUCAAGGACAUUGAGCCUGGAGAAGAGCUGCUGGCGCACGUGAAAGAAGGUGCCUACUCCUUGGGUGUCGUGGCACCCAGCCUGGAUGAGGACCCCACUUUCCGCUGCGAGGAGUGCGAUGAACUCUUCCAGUGCAAGCUGGACCUGAGGCGCCACAAGAAGUACGCCUGCAGCUCUGCGGGGGCCCCGCUCUACGAGGGCCUCGGGGAGGACCUCAAGCCCGAGGGCCUCGGCCGGGGCAGCGAUGGGCAAGCUCAUGAGUGCAAGGACUGCGAGCGGAUGUUCCCCAACAAAUACAGCUUGGAGCAACACAUGAUUGUCCACACGGAGGAGCGUGAGUACAAAUGCGACCAGUGUCCCAAGGCCUUCAACUGGAAGUCCAACCUCAUCCGCCACCAGAUGUCUCACGACAGUGGCAAGCGUUUCGAAUGUGAAAACUGCGUCAAGGUGUUCACGGAUCCCAGCAACCUCCAGCGUCACAUCCGCUCACAGCACGUUGGUGCCCGUGCCCACGCCUGCCCCGACUGCGGCAAGACCUUUGCCACAUCCUCUGGCCUCAAACAGCACAAACAUAUCCACAGCACGGUGAAGCCAUUCAUAUGUGAGGUCUGCCACAAGUCCUACACGCAGUUCUCCAACCUGUGCCGGCACAAGCGGAUGCACGCGGACUGCCGGACUCAGAUCAAGUGCAAGGACUGUGGGCAGAUGUUCAGCACCACCUCCUCCCUCAACAAGCACCGGCGCUUCUGCGAGGGCAAGAACCAUUACACGCCGGGCAGCAUCUUCACCCCAGGCCUGCCCUUGACCCCCAGCCCCAUGAUGGACAAGACAAAACCCUCCCCCACCCUCAACCAUGGGGGGCUAGGCUUCAGUGAGUACUUCCCCUCCAGACCUCAUCCUGGGAGCCUACCCUUCUCAGCGGCCCCUCCAGCCUUCCCCACGCUCACUCCGGGAUUCCCAGGCAUCUUUCCUCCAUCCUUGUACCCACGACCGCCUCUGCUACCUCCCACGCCACUGCUCAAGAGCCCCCUGAACCACGCGCAGGACGCCAAGCUCCCCAGCCCGCUGGGAAACCCAGCCCUGCCUCUUGUCUCUGCGGUCAGCAACAGCAGCCAGGGUGCCACGGCGGCCACGGGGCCAGAGGAGAAAUUUGACGGCCAGUUGGAAGAUGCGUACGUCGAGAAGGUCAAAGCCAGGAGCCCUGACAUGUCGGACGGCAGCGACUUUGAGGACAUCAACACCACGACGGGGACAGACCUGGACACCACCACGGGCACAGGCUCAGACCUGGACAGUGACGUGGACAGUGACCGAGACAAGGGCAAGGACAAGGCCAAGUCAUCUGAAAGCAAACCUGAGUUUGGGGGUGGAUCAGUGCCCUCUGGGGCCAUGAACAGUGUGGCCGAGGUGCCGGCCUUCUACUCCCAACACUCCUUCUUCCCGCCACCCGAGGAGCAACUGCUGACGGCCUCGGGAGCCGCCGGCGACUCCAUCAAGGCCAUUGCAUCCAUCGCUGAGAAGUACUUCGGGCCUGGCUUCAUGAGCAUGCAGGAGAAGAAACUAGGCUCGCUGCCCUACCACUCUGUGUUCCCCUUCCAGUUUCUGCCCAACUUCCCCCACUCUCUCUACCCCUUCACGGACCGAGCCCUCGCCCAUAACUUGCUGGUCAAGGCUGAGCCAAAGUCACCCCGGGAUGCCCUCAAGGUGGGCGGCCCCAGUGCAGAGUGCCCCUUUGACCUCACCACCAAACCAAAAGAGGCCAAGCCUGCCCUGCUCACACCUAAGGUCCCCCUGGUCCCCUCAUCCGGUGAGGAGCAGCCGUUAGACUUGAGCAUCGGCAGCAGGGCCCGGGCGAGCCAGAAUGGAGGCAGCCGUGAACCACGGAAGAACCACGUCUACGGUGAACGGAAGCCAGGGGUUGGCGAGGGGCUGGCUAAGGUCUGCCCAGCACAGCUGCCCCAGCAGCCAUCCCUGCACUAUGCCAAGCCCUCGCCCUUCUUCAUGGAUCCCAUCUACAGCAGGGUAGAAAAGCGGAAGGUGACGGACCCUGUGGGAGUCCUGAAAGAGAAGUACCUGCGGCCGUCCCCACUACUGUUCCACCCCCAGAUGUCAGCCAUAGAAACCAUGACAGAGAAGCUGGAGAGCUUUGCAGCCAUGAAGGCCGACUCAGGCAGCUCCCUGCAGCCCCUGCCUCACCACCCCUUCAACUUCCGGUCCCCACCCCCGACGCUCUCGGAUCCCAUCCUCAGGAAGGGCAAGGAGAGAUACACGUGCAGGUACUGUGGCAAGAUCUUCCCCAGAUCUGCGAACCUCACAAGACAUCUGAGGACACAUACUGGGGAGCAGCCAUACAGGUGCAAGUACUGUGACCGGUCGUUCAGCAUCUCCUCCAACCUCCAGCGGCACGUGAGGAACAUCCACAACAAAGAGAAGCCGUUCAAAUGCCACCUGUGCAACCGCUGCUUUGGGCAGCAGACCAACCUGGACCGGCAUCUGAAAAAACACGAGCAUGAAGGUGCACCAGUGAGCCAGCACUCUGGGGUUCUCACCAACCACCUGGGCACCAGCGCCUCCUCCCCCACCUCCGAGUCGGACAACCAUGCACUUUUAGAUGAGAAGGAGGAUUCCUACUUCUCCGAGAUCCGAAACUUCAUCGCCAACAGUGAGAUGAACCAGGCCUCUACUCGGAUGGACAAACGGCCUGAGAUUCAAGACCUGGACAGCAACCCCCCAUGUCCAGGCUCAGCCAGUGCAAAGCCGGAGGACGUAGAGGAGGAGGAAGAGGAGGAGCUGGAGGAAGAGGAUGAUGACAGCUUAGCCGGGAAGUCACAGGAGGACACAGUGUCCCCCACACCUGAGCCCCAAGGAGUCUAUGAGGACGAGGAGGAUGAGGAACCACCCAACUCCCUAACCAUGGGCUUUGACCAUACCCGAAGGUGUGUUGAGGAGCGAGGAGGCGGUGUGUUAGCUUUGGAGCCGACGCCGACCUUUGGGAAGGGGCUGGAUCUCCGCAGAGCAGCUGAGGAAGCAUUUGAAGUUAAGGAUGUGCUUAAUUCCACCUUAGAUUCUGAGGCUUUAAAACAAACCCUGUACAGGCAGGCUAAGAACCAGGCAUAUGCAAUGAUGCUGUCCCUCUCUGAGGACACUCCUCUCCACGUCCCCUCCCAGAGCUCACUGGAUGCUUGGUUAAACAUCACGGGAGCCUCGUCAGAGUCUGGAGCCUUUAACCCCAUCAACCACCUCUGAGGUCCUGGAGGCCCCAGGGCCAGAGUCCAAAGCCAGGGUCCCAGCUGUGGGAGAUGGAGAAGGGGCCGGGGGAAGCGCCUUGACACCUUCAAUUUGCCUCACCUCCGCUUCCAGCCCCACCCACUGUGGCUCAAGUCCAGCUUCUCCAAUGAAACUCAGAACCUGAAGGUCCCUCAAGAAUCCGUUGACCUUCACCACCUCUCAGAACUGGCCUCAAGGACACGGUCUGCAGUGGUGCAGUGCUCGGUGGCCGCCCAGGAGCUGCUCACGGGAAGCUGUCUAUCGGAUAACUAGGGGGCAGGGGUGGAAUCUCUAUCCCAAUAGGAGCCAAUUGGCCGCAUCUGGGCAGCCACAUGGUAUGAAGGAGGGGAACGGAAACAAGUGGGUAUGUGCUACGGAGAGACCUCGCAAAUGAUUUUUAUAAUGAAAAUUACAUGAAUAACCCUUUUGGUAAUCUUAUUGACUAUAGAGUCUAUUUAAGCAUGUGGGUUUUAAAAAAAUAGACAGUAUUUUUUAAAAAAUCAAAAAUGACUUGCAAAAUGUUUUUUAAAAGUAAUUUUGCAUUGCUUUGAAAUUUCAGCUUAUUGGCAAACCCACACCUGCCAGGACAUCGAGCACUGCUCGGGUGUGCCCUUUAUAAUGUAGAUAAUGGAGAAUUUUCUAUACCCGACCCUGUUUGUACAAGCCAAGGUGAUUCUGGGUGUCCCCAACGCAGGAUAAAGGGCAUGGAGGCAUCUGAAUAGCAUGCUGACUACACAGGAAUUCCUGGUCAUGGUGCCUGCCUGCAGGCUUGUGGAGGCCAAGUCAGGGAGGUUGUCUUGCCCCAUGCGGCCUGCAGAGGAAUCCACUGGUCCCCACCCAAGACCCCCCAAUUGUAUGGGGAGGUCGGGAGCUGGUGGCUGAGGUCUUCCAUGCUGGACACCUAAUGGUUUCUCCCCUCCAGCAGCCCCAGCGCUGGCCCUGACUGCCGCUCUUCUGAAGCCGGGGCUCUGGGCCAUAUCUAGGCCUUCAGCCUUCUACUCUUCCCAACCCUGGCGGUCUGAUGUCCUCCCUGUGGCCACUGAGCGUGGGGAACCUACCCGCCUGCUCCACCACGCCAGGACGCCUAGCACUACCUGUGCCUAAGACUCCAGAUCAACCGCAUAGCAGCCACUUCUGCUCUUUGUGUGGGUUCCUGGUGAGAGGUGGUCAGGAACAAGAGGAGGAUCCAGGGGACCUGCCACGCACAGAGCAGAGACAGCACAGCCCCUGGGACCAGAUGCCUCGCUCCCUUGGGACAGUCAUGAUUGUCUAAUUCUCUGCUUGAAUGGGCUUUAAGUUAUUCCCAUAGGGGCCAACUUCAAAUAAUUUCUUUCUCUGAUGGAAUUUACCUUAAUCUGUAUAUAACUUGUAAUUUUUUUUUCUAAUUCAUUUCUUUCCUUAUUUUAUUUCUUCCUUAACAGUAUUUUUGGCAUUGGACAACUUAUUCUGAAGAAUCAUGUCAAUCUAAGUAUGUAGUGAAGGACCAAAACCGUGUGAUAAGGUUGCGUGCUGUGUGAUCGGUAACCAGGGAGUGGGGCAGUUGUUAAUGUGCCAAAUACCCUGUGUCCCUCCCUUGAGGUCACUGCUGCCCAUUUACCAGACAAUCAUAUAAUUUUGUUAAAUUUGAGUUUUUAAAACAAGUGUUCUAUUUAUUUUAUUAUUUUGAAGAAAGAACAAAAAAAAUUGAGUAUCCCAACAAGAAAAGAAGGGGGAAAACCCUUCCUGAAUUGCCCUUUUAAAAAAAGAGAGAGAGGUAGUGUCAGUGUCAACAGCCGUGUGCAAGCGUGUCACACACAGGCGUGCCAGUGUCAGCAGCCGUGUGCAAGCGUGUCACACACAGGCGUGCCAGUGUCAGCAGCCGUGUGCAAGCGUGUCACACAAGCCUGUCACACACGGGCCAUGCCAGUGGUUCUCUCUGAGAGCAGCAUGAACAUCAAGCAGGUGUGUUCCGUGAAUGUGGUGGCUGUUCUGGGGCCAAGACAAUCAUCUCUGCUGAUGCUGAGUGGUCCAGGCUGUGCUGGAGACUCGAGGGGGACAUCCCUGGAGACACCACGACCCUGCAGGUUCCAGCGAAUCCCAGUGACGUAAGACAGAACAGUCCAGCAUGCACGCCCAGAAGCACAUUCACAUGUGCAGAGCAGAGCAGCAGGGACCCUCUUCUGAGGAACGUGCCAUGAUCAGGCUGUAGGGAUUUGUGGGCCCAGCCGCUCACACUUCUCACAGGUUCACGACAUCCUCUCAGUGAAGGUCUAGGCCUCGGCUUAGGAGUUCCCGUUUCCUCCACAUGGAAGCUAGACGGGACCCCUGAAUAAGUUCAACCUCAGACAUACGUGUCCCACUUUUGUAAACCCCGAAUUAUAUGCUUUCUUCUGAGAAAGAGUAAGACGUGUGCUUUUUCUUUUUUCCGCGAUGUGACUUUUUAUCUCCAAAGUGGGGCGUCUGUCUGGAUAGAGACGUCUGUGACCCUUUUUUUCCAGCAGCAGAGCAGCUAAAGGCUCUCCUUUUCGUCCUUUUUGGCGCUCCCGACCCCUGUCCUCCUCUUGUAACCACUCUUUCCUUCUCGAGAGUCCCAGUUGUGCUGCCGUGUGCUUUGCCUGCCCGUCCCUGCCCCCAAGAGCAUCCAUGGCAAAGCCCAGAUUCUCCUGAGCAGUCAACUCUUGGGCCCAGCACUUGCCCCCCUGACAAAGACAGCACUGACCCUAGAUUUAUCUGUCUCCACACUGCAUGGCCCCCAGACAGUGAGCUCUGCCUACCUGACAUCUUUGCACUCUUGUGGUGCCCAGCUGACUCAAGCCAAGUGUCAGGCACAGAAGAUUCUCUCAGGGUCAUGGAGCUGGACCAGAUGUGAGUUCCAGGAUCCUGACUACCGGGGACCCAAACCAUGCCUGUUGCCGUGCGCAUGGAAUGGCCAGACAAGUGUCCAGCCAGGAUUGUUUCCCUGAUGUCCUUCCAAUUGUUGGUACUUGCCUGCCAAAAUAGAUAUUCAAGAGGAGGCCUCCUAGUCUGUAUUCCCUCCAGCCCCGGACAAGGUCCCAUUCUUCCCCUGUGACAGCCGCCUUUCCUAGGAAGAGCAGGCAGGAAAGAUGGGGCUUCACCAUCCUGCAGGCAAGGUGGAUCCUGAAUGCAGGAGACAACCCAGGGCAUCCCUGUGCCAAACCAGCAGUGGGUAAGCACGACAUGGCUGAGCCUGCCCAGCCUGAGAGGAGCCCCACUUUCUAAGACCAGGAGAGCAGGUGAUCCCCAGACCCUGACUGACCUAACCCCUCUGCCUCUCAGAGCUCAGACCCACAGGGCCGUUGGCUUCCUCCACCUCCUCUGCUUCCCCAGUGAGUGUGUAUGAAGCCCUGGCUCAAAUACAUACCACGUGUUUUAGACUCGAAGCGCAAGCACUGGAUCAUGGUCCCUAUCCCGCCCCGUCUCCCUGCCCAAGUGACUGAAACCUACUGAACUUUCACUGUGCUGUUCCAGGUAGGGAAGAGGAGGCCCCUGUGCUGCUGCUGGGACAGGAGGGUGGGGAGCCUGUGAUGGACGGCACCCCCUCUCGCCAGUGGACGCUGGGACACUCCUGUCCACAGAGACCAGCCGGGUAUCCAAAGCCAUGAAAAUUGUCUCUGUAGCCCUUGAGCGAUAACUGUGACAAGACGUUCUCGUGUGAUUCCCAGAGAAGUUCCUCUCUCGCCAUUCCCGUCACGUGUUUGUUUAAUCCCUCUCUGUCACCAGUUCAAACCACCACUCCCAGGAGGGAAAAGGUUGAGUCCAGAAAGGCAGCUCGAAUUUCUAGUUGUGUGAUUCACUUGCAAAGCGGAGGAAGCUGGGGGUUUUCUUCCCUGCCUCCUGUAGCACCCGCUACUCUCUCCAACAUGGGGGACGUGGGGCCCUGGUGUCAGAAUACUUAACUUAAAGCCUGUGCGUGCGAGUGUGUGUGCAUAUGUGGUGUGUGUGUGUGUAUACGUGCGUGUGGGUGGUUUGUAUGGAUUUUGAACCAAUAGUAUAUAAAUAUAAAUAUAUAUAUAUCCCUGACACCUGUGAGAAUCUCGAGACUGUACGAGUGUUGCCAUUGUCACAUUCAGAUCUGACUCAAUUUGUUUCUGUUUCUGUUUUGUUUUGUUUUUCCUUUUAGAACUAUAUAGUGUUGAGAAAGAAAUCAAAUGUAAAUGUCUGGUUUUCAUAUAAUGUUAAAGAAUUAAAAACCAUGGAGGAGGAGGCUGGGGCCUGUCCUCGUCGCCUUCCUUUGUAAAUUGCUGUUGUGUUGAUAAGCUGUGCAUGGCUCGUGUUUAGCGGUCAUUAUUGUGUCUGUUUGUGAGAUUUUUAUUACGAGGAAAAUCCCGUAGAUGCACUUACUGAAUAUGUGGUUAGGGUCUGAGUCAAGGCCAGGAGGCCCAAAACGCCCAUGAAAAACGGACCGCCGUUCCUGAUGACUAUGGAGAUCGCCGUGGGAGAAUCAUGCGUUAAGGAGACGCGACGUAGAGAAUAGUCGAAAGUGAUUUUUGCAGAUCUCAUUCUGAGGCUUGUGGCAAAGAUAAAUGUACUUGUGUAGAGAUUUCUGUAAGGUAAAAGCCAGGAGAGGCUGGCUUUAAGGUCAAUGCUGUAGAAUAGGAUGACUGGAUACCAAAUGUAAUCUUUCCAAUGCUACAAUGAAUUUAUACAUGAGAUUGAUAUGCAAUAAAUCUGUGUGUUU